AUUUAGAAAUUUGUAUAAAUUAUUGACACCCUUUGAAUUCCUAUUUAACUCUUUUCCGACAAACCGUUUCUUUCUCUUUGUUUGUCAAUAGAAAAUCCGGUGCUUGAAGGCUACCAUCGCAAACUGUUGUGAAUAUGAACUGUUCAAUACGACACAUAGGUUGCGUUCAAAUUUCAAUAAUAAACUCCAGACAUCGAUUUCAAAUUAUAGUUAAAUAUAGGUGCUUGAGUGCUAAUUGUCAUUGUCUAAUUUUAAUUAAAAGUCAAAUGUUGUAACAAUGCGCGAUUCUUGUAAUUCGAAUUAUAUUUUAUUGCCCUUGCGUAGAUGGCGUUAAUGAAUGGACAGCUGAUUUACUAACACAAGCUGAUUUGAAUUAGCCUGUAACUGCGGAGAAGGUUAACGCAUAGUAUUCAUGUUUAUUACUAUUUUUUAUUGUAGAAUACCGUGCGUCGUUGCAGUUUGCUUUAUUAUAAAUAAAGUUUCGUACGUGCUGUAAUUAAACGGUGCGAAAUAAGCAAAGUCUCUUAUUCUUUAUAGUGGCUUCGUACGUACACGAACUUUGUGAUAUUUGUUUAUGACAUUCACAAGAUAAUAUAAAUUCUUGAAACGUAUUUACAUACAUAUAUGUCAAGGAAUCUGUAGAAGAUUACUUAUGUACUGUACACUAUCGUGUAUAGAAGUUCCUAAUAUUACGACCUACAUACAAAAGAUCUGCUACCAAGGUAAAAAUUAUAAUAGAAACAUGAACGAUUCUUUUCUGGAAGACUUGGAAUUAGCAUCACCUGAUGUUAAGACCAUUAAGUCGUAUCCCGUGGAUAGGCAUGUGACAACACGAACAGCAACAUCUACUCCUUCACAAUUGCCACAGAGUAAAGUAGAAAAUAUACAUGCCGAACCAAUUAUUAAAGAAUCAAAGAAAAUGCAUGAGCAAGGUAUGAAAAAACAGCAGAUGAGAGUAAGGAUAUCUGACAGGAAAGAGAAAUCAGUUGAAACCAAACUGAAGCCAAUUGAGAACAAAGUUCAUACAGAUGGAAAGGAACAAGAGAUUAGAGAUGAUAUCAAAGCAAAAGUCAAAGAAUCAAGAGUAAAGAUAUCUGAGGGUAAAGCAGUUGCUAAAGAUAGAGGACGUCGUUCUGGAAGUUAUAAGGAGAAUACUCAAGCUACAGAUGCAUCUCUAAAAGAGAAUAGCAGACCCAGUGAUUGUUCUAAGGAAAUGUGUCCACAGAUGGAAAUGCCUAAAGACAAAACGAAAGCCUAUGAUAGUCUUAAGAAGGGAGAGUUCAAAGAUAUUGAUCCUGUUACGCUUGUGAAUGCCGUCAAGGACAUCGUGAAUGUAUGUACAAAACAGGAGAGCACAAAGAUCCUAAGAGCUAUGCAAGAAUUGCACUUGAACUCUCAAGCCAAUCUCAUUAAACAUCUGUUGAGCCAAACAGAAGAUAUAAUCAAUGAGAUGCAUCCUAGCAAAGAUUCCAACAGGAUGAGGAAGUUAAUUGAAGAAAAUGAGAGAUUGCAAGAGGAUGUCGUCAUACUGCAAAGAAGAAAUGAAGAGCUACAGAAGAAGCUGGAAGAAUUCGAGUAUUUGAAGCAGGAGAACAUUGCACUCAAAUUGAAGUGCAAGGAACUGUCCAAACAAUAGCAGAAAUGUACCAUGCUCUAAGCAUUCACAAGUUUGUUGGCAAAGAAAGGUAUUUAUUCCAUUCUACUGAUCUGCCCUGAUCGCUAUCAAUUAUUGACAUUAAAUUUUUUUAUAAUAAAAAAAAAACAUUAAAAUUGUAGAAUAACAAUGUAUAAUCAGUAAUUUGUUAUCGUUCAAUGAGCAGUCAAGUUUUUAAGUAAUUGUAAUAUCAAUUUCUGUUUUUAAUUUGUACCUUAGUUACUAGAAAGAUAAGAUAGAAGUUACUGGUGUCUUACUUAGAAACACUUGUCUUUACUUUAUAAAUUUAGAUAAGAGUGUGUGCUGGAUUGAUACACACAAGCCUACUAUGUAAAUUAAAGUGUUGUGUAAACAUACUUACUGUAAGACUCGGUUAACGGACCAGUGGAAAACGCCACUGUUCUGUACGUUGUUCAAGUGCUUAUUGUACGAAUUUCCGUUUAAUGUCAAUAGCUGGUGGUUUCAGUAUUCUAUACACAUUUUAACUGCACCGUGUUUUUCAAAUUGUUGCGGAGCUUGAAUGAAAAGUGAUAAUGCGUCCGUUAAAAUUUAUGAAGUGAUAUAUUUUUUAACAUUUUUACCAAUAUUUUUUUGUAAGUUCUAAUAAUGUUAAAAUAAGAUAUUAAAAUCUAUUAUAUCGUUUAGAAGGUAUUAGCCUCCGUUGACGUGAAUGUAUUGCCUAUAAUAAUUUAUCUCGCGUUGAUUUGAGGUUGAUACAUUUAAUGAACUAAAAUAAGUAUGACUAAAAUCAUAAAACAAUUUCUGUAAAAAAAAUUACUAAUAAAAUACUUCACGAUUGAAAUUACAUAGUCUGUUUAAACAUUUCUAUAGUGAUUAAAAUGAAACAGCUUAUGUUUAUUUGAAACAAUUUAUAUAUUCGAAGAUAUUCUUAAAAGGCAUAUCAAGACGACAUCAUACAACUUUUCGACGAAAACGCACAUUAUAUAAUAUAUAUUUACAAACAAUGAUAAUAAUUUCCAUGAUCUUCGUUAAAUAUAACUGAUGUAUAAAACGCGGUCAAGAUUCAUCAAUGAUAGGUGAAUGAAUCAAUGAUUAGAAAAACGUAUAAAAGGGAACAAAAGACAUUUGCUAUCGGCAGUUUUGAAAAUUUGAAUUGUUUAAGAGCAAAGUGUUCGCGUUCUUAUUUUAUGGGGAUGCGUUAUUUAAAAUAUGUCAUGUCAAAAAUGUAUUUUGGCUUAGGCGUGAUUUAAAGAGUCGAACGAAAGCACUCUCUCGCAUGUUCGACGACAUGCUCGUUCGUAUAAACGUUCGACUAUAUGUAUGUAUAAAGCACUUGUGUUUGAAGACUGUGUUCCUAUGCGUCUUACGAUCACGAUAUUCUUAACAUCUUAAUGUACGAACAAUUAUACAAAUAGAUACCUUAGUAAUAAAUAUGAAAAUAAAAAUUACUAAAACAUUGCUUAAA